UUUAAUUUUUACUGUAUUUUUGUAGUAAGGGAUAAUAACAUAUUGAUAUUUUAAUCCAAAUAAACAGGCCUUGUGCUAGUGUCAGAUGGUAUGGCAGCUAUGGGUCUUGAAGACGGAGAGCACCACAUAGGUCAAAUGAUGGUGAAGGUGCAAGGUAGACGUGCUGUACUGGCUGGCACAAACACUCUAGCAGGUUCUGUGGCCACAAUGGAUGAGUGUGUCAGAGUUUUCAUUAAUGAUGCAGGUGUAAGUGUUGUAGAAGGCAUUGAGGCAGCAACCUUACACCCUGCCCAACUCAUGGGUAUAAAACAUCAGAAAGGCACUCUGGACUACAACACUGAUGCUGACUUUCUACUUGUGUCAGAUAAAGGUCCACUGAAAGUAUGAACACUUUCAUUGCAGGU